CAGGAAAACCCGUUCUGCUUUCAGUUUAGGUGAAAAGCUACGGGAUACUUGAGACCAGGACGGGAGCAUGAAUUGAACUGAUUAACAAGGAAGUGAGUAUGACAGAUUACCAAGCAGUGAAUGGAUUAGGCGAAGAUCGCAGGAAAGUUGGCUGCAGUCAGCCUGAGGGAGUUAUAAUGGAUCACAGCCAAACAGUAUUUUCGAGUUCCUCUGGGAGCGAUACGCACCCCAUCUUGACAAUCAUUUUAAAAGAGGUGCAAGAUAUCAAGCACUCCUUACGUAAGAUAGAUCAUCUACAAACGACAAUCCUUAAUGUACAACAGAGCCUGGGAAGUCUUCACGAAAGGGUGGAACAGGUCUCCAAUGUUCUGUCACCAUCCUUUGAAGAAGUCAAUCAUGUUCAACAAGGAAGACAACUUGAGCAGGUUGAUAAUGACAUAAAAAGGGAUCACCUUGAUCAGGAGGUUUCUCAUGCUGUGGGGAGUACCCAUACUGAGGAAACUCCAUCUCCUGCACAGUAUUCAAGGUCAAAUUCCAAGGCCGACAGCAGUUUUUCAGAGGUAACACCAAGUGGAAAUAAACUUGAAAGAAAGAUUGAAGACAGAGAUCCACAUUCUGGUAUAGUUGUUACUGGAUCAAGUCAAACAUAUCAGGAACAAAGCCUAUCUUAUCUAGGAACACAUACACCACAAGAUUCUUCUCUUGGUGGAAAAUCAAGUUUGACGCAAAGCUCUUUGAGACAAGAAACAACGACUAAGGCUGAAAGUUCAGCAGAACCUGUUUCACCCAAUAGAGAUCCACGACAAUGGAAUUCUAAUGCUAGCACAGGGUCACUGGUAGACAGGUCCUACUCUAGAACAGAAGGGGAAUACCAAUCUCCAUCCCCAGGAAGUCUUGGGCACACAACAGGACAAAAGACAGAAGAUGAAGAAAGUGUCAUACAACAGAAAGCACACUUCAAUACUAGCUUGGAGUCACAGCCUAACAUCAAUUUUAAUGCUUUCAAAAUUAAAAUCACACCAAGAAAAGAAGACAAUAGGUUUGUCUACCAUAAAAUAUCUCCUCCAGACAUGGAGGAAGUGCCGCCUCCUGUAAUGGAGAUAAGAAAAGAAGAGCCACAGCCUGUGGAAGACAUUGAUCCUGUGGCCUCAUUACAGUCACAGCAAGAUCAGGAGGAAGAAAUGGUUCAAGAGCCUGAGCAACCAAGAUCUAUGACAGAUAGGAUACAGACAACACAAGGUGCAGAAUCUGUACAAGUAGAAUCGGAAAGUUCUUCCCUGGAGAUGGAGUCUGGAUUGACUGGUGGGGAAACAGUUGCCACGGGAACACCAGUCAAGGCUGCCGAUACAGAAGUAGCAACAGCUACUGUAUCACCUAUUAUUGCCAAACCAAGUAAAACUGCAGAUAAAGAAGCAGCAGAUGAUUCAUCUGGUGGCCCCCUUCCCAAAGAGAGGCAAUUUUUGGAGAGUCUAACCCUAAAGGAGGCCCAGAGAGCUGCUGAAUGUAGGGAUCCAAAAUCUGAUGGCGCUGAUACUAUCAUAUGUAUAGAUACAUCGGAGAGCAUGAGGGGUGUCCCCAUACAGCAAGCCAAAGACUUUAUCAACAACUUCUUAGAAGGUAUUGAGGAAUGUGCAGUUAAUCAUGCUUUAGAGGAGAACAUCGCCAUAGUUACAUUUGGUAAAACUACUGGUGUAGCACAGCACCUAACGAAUGACUACUCCAAAAUCAGAGACAUCCUGGAGGAUCUGGAGAUUGAGGGAGCCAGUCCUAUAAUGACCGGCCUGGUGUUGUGUAUGAGUGCUAUCUAUAUAAGAGGUGGUGUGGUAUCCUUCCGUAACAGGAAAAUCAUGCCUCGUAUUCUACUGGUAUCGGAUGGUCAUGUGACGGAUGCCAGGAUAAUGGAUGGGCCAGAUGUUGCUCACCCCCAUGGUAUGAGUGAGGAAGAGGCAAAACAGCAGCUAGUAGAAUUUUCAGAUAGACUCAAAAAUGAACAUCGUAAGGUCACCUGCAUACCUGUGGGUGUGGCUGAUAUGAGUGUGCUGGAGAACUUGGCCAGCACAACAGGAGGUGAGGUAGCUAGUGUGGAGGAAGCAGGGAGACUUAGUAAACAAUUCCUUUUGGAUACAAUAGUGGCGCGUGUGAUGACAGAUGAAGCUAGCAGUAAGUCAGACUUUGGGCGACAGGUGAUGGAGAAAAUUGUCCGGGAUAGCACCACAGGAAAAGACCUUACUGCUGACGAGAUAAAUGUAGUGUUUGACAAGGUGAUGGCCGAGUUAAAAGACAACCCAGGUGGUCGCGAUGGAGCUGGUGUAGAAGAGGGGCCUCUCCCUGUGGGGACGAGGGUACGGAGGGGUCGAGACUGGAUCUGGGAUGAUCAAGACGAUAAUAUGGCUGGUACAAUCAUUGGACAUAAACAACGAGGAUUUGUUACCGUGGAAUGGGACAGUGGACGGAAGGGAAAAUACCGAAUGGGAGCAGAAGAAUCGUAUGACCUGCGAAGUGUGGAGGAGCCACGUUUCCUGCCAGAAGGCAUGCUGGGAGCUGUCGGAGUCUGUUGUAGAAGAGGACCUGACUGGGAAUGGGAUAACCAAGAUGGCGGAGAAGACCAAGUGGGAAUUGUCUUUAAAAUUGAAGACAAUGGUGUCAUACAUGUACGUUGGCAGAAUGGUAAAAGAGGAAACUACAGAUAUGGUAUCCAUGGUAAAUUUGACAUAGAGAUGUGCCCAGGAAGGCAGCCAGUUCAGAAUGGAGGAGCAUCAAGUGGUACACAAGCCUCAACCCCUGUCAAAGGUGAGAAAUGUUGCUAG